AUGGGAGCGGGGAAGAAGAUCGCCGUCUUCGGCCUCACGCUGGUGGCGGUGGUGGCGGUCGUCGUGGGGGUCGUCGCCGCCGUGAUGUGGUCCCACCGGAAGGUCGGCGACGACUUCGCCGUCCCCAGCGGCCCCGCCGGCGACGGCAGCGGCGGAAUCGCCGCCGCGACGACGUCGAAGAGCAUCGAGGCAAUGUGCGCCGUCACGGACUACCGGAACGAGUGCGAGAAGAGCCUCCGCGCCGCCCUCGGCGGUAACGGCACCGCAGUGAGUAUCAAGGAGAUGGUGAAGGCGGCGGUUCAGGUCACCCUCGAGGCCUCUCGGACCGCGGCGGAACAGGCCGCCGGCGUGGUCAACGGCACCGUUGACGGGAGGCAGAAGGCGGCGCUGGCGGACUGCAAGCAGCUGCUCCAGGACGCCGUCGACGAGCUGCAGGACAUCUUCUCCGGCGUUGACCUCUCCGCCGGUGGGAACCUGACGGCGAGGUCCGACGACGUGAAGACCUGGCUCAGCGCCGUCAUAUCCUACCAGCAGACCUGCCUCGACGGGGUUGACCACCCGGAGCUGAAGGCCCAAGUGGAGAAGAUCAUCGCCGACGCCGCCGCGUUGACCAGCAACGCCCUCGCUAUCGUCACCGAGGUCGCCGCUACCCUGCAGAGCCUGGAGGGUCUCCAACUCUCCGGGAUGAUACCCAAGAUGCAGAGGCGCCUCCUCGCCGAAGGCGGCGCCGCCUUCCCGGAAUGGUUCUCCGCAGGGGACCGCCGGCUGCUGGCGGCGGUCAACAGGGGCGCUGCCCGGCCGAACGCGGUUGUGGCGAAGGACGGCAGUGGCGACUUCAAGACCAUCAACGCCGCCCUCGCCGCCAUCCCCAAGGACCACCGUGGGCGCUAUGUCAUCUACGUCAAAGCCGGCGUCUACCAGGAGAACGUCAUCGUCACCAAAAGCAUGGUCAACGUCUUCAUGUACGGCGACGGUUCCCGCCGCUCCAUCGUCUCCGGGCACAAGAACUUCGUCGACGGCACCCCCACCUUCCAAACCGCCACCUUCGGUCCCUCCUCUCUCUCUAACAUCUCUCUAAUCCCUCUCUCUCUAAACACUCUCUUUCUCUCUAACAUCCCACUAUCUUUUAAUCUGGUGCAGCGGCGAUAGGGAACGGGUUUGUGGCGAAGUCAAUGGGGUUCAGGAACACGGCGGGGCCGGAGAAGCACCAGGCGGUGGCGCUGAGGGUGCAGUCGGACAUGGCGGCGUUCUUCAACUGCAGGAUGGACGGCUACCAGGACACGCUCUACGCGCAGACCCACCGCCAGUUCUACCGGAACUGCGUCGUCUCCGGCACCGUUGACUUCAUCUUCGGCGACUCCGCCACCGUCUUGCAGAACUGCCUGAUCAUCGUCCGCCGCCCUCUGGACAACCAGCAAAACACCAUCACCGCCCAUGGCCGCACCGAUCGGAGGGAGACCACCGGAUUGGUCAUCCACAACUGCAGGAUUGUGCCGGAGAGGAAGCUCGUUCCUCUGCGAUUCAAGAUCCCCAGCUAUCUUGGAAGGCCGUGGAAGGAGUACUCGAGGACGGUGAUCAUGGAGUCAACGAUCGGGGACUUCAUCAGGAAGGAGGGGUGGCUGCCGUGGGCCGGCGACUUCGCCCUGAAGACGCUGUAUUAUGCAGAAUACGGGAAUAGAGGCGCCGGCGCCGCCACAGCCGGGAGGGUUGACUGGCCGGGGUUCAGGGUCAUCGGCCGGAAGGAGGCGGCCCAGUUCACCGUCGGCAGCUUCAUCCAGGGAGAUCGCUGGAUCCGCUACACCGGCGCUCCCUACAUUCUAGGGUUCCGCCGCUGA